CUCUGCCGCGUACAACCCGCAGCCAAAUAACACGAGACGGACCAUGCCUGCAGGAGCAAACUGAGUUUACAGAGGGUCCUUUUAAACAUUUUCAUCAUGAUUUUUCAAGCCCUUUUUGAGUGUAUGGACUUCACUAGUUGGCUGUUGAUCAGUUUUAUAGUGUUACUCCUGACAGAUGUGAUCAGAAACUGGAGACCAAACAGCUUUCCCCCUGGACCCUGGGCUGCGCCUUUUCUAGGAAAUAUCUUGAUAGGAUUUGACUUCAAAGCAAUGGAGAAGCUCUCUCAGGAGUAUGGUCCAGUGUUCAGCUUGAGGAUAGGCAGCCAGAGGAUGGUGUUUGUUUCCGGGUACAAGAUGGUCAAAGAGGCUCUUGUUAUCCAGCUGGACAGCUUUAUUGAUAGACCUAUUUUUCCUCUUUUCCAUGCUGUCUUUAAGGGGAUUGGUAUAGCUUUGAGCAAUGGGUACUUGUGGAAAAAGCAAAGGAAGUUUGCCAACACUCACCUGCGUUACUUUGGAGAGGGCCAGAAGUCCCUGGAAAAAUACAUUGAGGUGGAAAACACCUACAUCUGUGAAGCUUUCAAAGAGGAACAAGGAAGGCCAUUUAACCCCCAUUACAUCAUAACGAAUGGAGUGUGUAACAUCAUCUCGUCUGUGCUCUUCGGACAUCGCUUUGAGUACAGCGAUCAAAGCUUCCGCAGGAUUCUGGACUUGGACAAUGAGGCUAUUAGGUUAGCUGGCUUACCUCAGACUCAGCUGUAUGAUGCCUUCCCUGGUGUGCUGAAGUACCUGCCAGGACCUCACCAGACUGUGUUAAAGAACUACGAGGAGAUCUUGGCUUUCCUGAGAUCAGAAGUAGUGAAGCACCAGGAAGAGUGGAACCCAGAGGACCCUCGUGAUUUUAUCGAUGUUUACCUGGGAGAGAUGGAGAAGAAAAAGGAGGAUCCCCAGGCUGGCUUCAACAUUGAAACCCUGCAGGUUUGCACCCUGGACCUGAUAGAGGCCGGUACAGAAACAUCAGCCACCACUUUACGCUGGGCCCUGAUGUACAUGAUGCACUACCCAGAGAUACAGGAGAAAGUCCAGGCAGAGAUAGACUCAGUGAUCGGACAGUCUCGACAGCCCACCAUGGCCGACAAGCCCAACAUGCCUUACACGGAAGCUGUCAUCCAUGAAGUUCAAAGGAUGGGAAAUAUCGUUCCCCUUGGAUUCCCAAAAAUGGCCAGUAAAGACGCUACACUGGGAGGAUACUCAAUACCCAAAGGAACAACUAUUACUACAAUCCUUGCGACUGUGCUGUUUGAUAAGAAUGAGUGGGAAACUCCGGAUACCUUCAAUCCGGAGCAUUUCUUGGAUUCGGAGGGGAAAUUUCGCAGAAGAGACGCCUUCUUACCAUUUUCAGCAGGUAAACGUGUGUGUUUAGGGGAGCACCUGGCCAGAAUGGAGCUGUUCCUUAUGUUCACAGUUCUCCUCCAGCACUUCUUCAUCUGAACUCAAAGAGUCUUAUCUGCCCAAGAAGACCUUUAUCCCAACUGCACUCUAUAUUUAGGCUUGACUCUAUUUACACUAUGAACAUCCAAUCUCAGUAUAAGGUUACUGCAGGACAGUGAAGGUUUUGCACUUUAUGAAUUUACGUUUUUGUUGCUCA